GGACCCCCAGCAGCACUCACCUGUGCAACCUCGCUCUCAGCCAGUCCCACUCUGGAGCCCUCUGCGCAGCCGCAGGGACGGGGCACUGGACAGACAGCAGGAUCCGGAGCUGCCUCUGGAUCCCAAGCCCUUUCGGAAGCCGGCACCGGAGCUCGCCCGGCCUCCGAGGCUGGAGCCAAAGCAGGAGCCCGGCGCCAGUCUGCAUUCUCGGCCAUCCAAGGGGAUGUCCGGUCUGUGCCCAACAAUUCGGACGCGCCGUGGGGCCGCUUCGUAUUCCAAGGGCCGUUUGGUUCCCGGGCCACUGCUGGGACUGGAAAGGCAGCGGGCAUCUGGAAGACACCAGCCGCCUACUUUGGCCGGCGACCCGGGGUGUCCGGCCCUGAGCGCGCCGCCUUUAUUGGGGAGCUGGAAGAAGCACUGUGUCCUAACCUGCAUCCGCCAGUCAAAAAGAUUACCCAGGAAGACGUCCAAGUGAUGUUAUAUUUGCUGGAGGAGGUGUAUCCCAGACACUGGGAGAGCAUUACCUAUGGGUGAGUCCUGUUACAGAGAGAGAGGGACCUGAACUCUGCAGCUCGCGUCGGCCAGUUCCCGGUGAAACAGAACAGUGUUUUGAUGGAGGAGAACAGCAAGCUGGAAGCCCUGCUGGGCUCAGCCAAGGAGGAGAUUUUACACCUCAGACACCAGGUGAACUUGCGGGAUGACCUCCUCCAACUCUACUCAGAUUCUGAUGAGGAGGAUGAGGAGGAAGAGGAGGAAGCAGAGGAAGACCAGCAGCCUGCUCAUGCCUGUGAUGCCCCCAAGCUGAUUUCGCAGGAGGCGUUGCUGCACCAGCACCACUGCCCACAGCUGGAAGCCUUGCAGGAGAAGCUGAGGCUGCUGGAAGAGGAGAAUCAUCAGCUGAGAGAAGAGGCCUCUCUACUUGGCACCCUUGAGGAUGAGGAACAGAUGCUCAUACUGGAAUGUGUGGAGCAGUUUUCGGAGGCCAGCGAGCAGAUGGCUGAACUGUCGGAGGUGCUGGUGCUUAGGCUGGAAAACUACGAACAGCAGCAGCAGGAGGUUGUUCGGCUGCAGGCCCAGGUGCUGAAGCUGCAGCAGCGCUGCCGGACGUACCGGGCUGAGACUGAAAAGUUGCAGAAGCAGCUGGCUUCGGAGAAGGAAAUCCAGAUGCAGCUCCAGGAAGAGGAGACUCUUCCUGGUUUCCAGGAGACCCUGGCUGAGGAGCUCAGAACGUCUCUACGGAGGAUGAUCUCAGACCCUGUGUGUUUUGUGGAAAGGAAGUGUGAGAUGCCCAGAGGGGACACAUCCAGCCUAAGGUAUGAUUUUUGCAACAGUGAGGAUGGAGAGCAGGUGCAGGGGUUUGAGGCUGAGGAAGGGUUGAUGCUGGCAGCAGAUAUUAUGCCGGGGGAAGAUUUCAUGCCUGCAGAGGAGUUGGUGCCCGAGGAGGAGCUGGAGGCUGCCGAAAAGGUGCCAGCUGAGGAAGGGGCAGAGCUGGUGUCGGAGGAGACUGAGGGCUAGGAGGAGGUAGAGCCGGAGCUAGAUGAGGCAACGCGGAUGAACAUGGUGACGUCAGCCCUGGAGACCAGUGGCUUGGGCCCUUCACACCUGGACAUGAAGUAUGUCCUCCAGCAGCUGGCCAACUGGCAGGAUGCCCAUUAUAGGCGGCAGCUGAGGCAGAAGAUGUUCCAGAAAGGUGAGUGCCCCCACGGGGGCCUCCCUGCCACCAGCCGGACAAGCUGCAGAUCCUUGUGCCGAUGA